CGCGACGCGCGCAUGUGAUCGAGAGCUCUGCACAAUUAAACCGUGCCGAGGUAAAGCCACGUCGAGCAGGGAGUAUAGAAGAUGCCCGCGUUCACCGUCAGCUUCUCGUUUCUGGAGCCGCAGAGCCGGAAGGGCGUCUACUUCAAGCAGGACGGACAGCGGUUCGGCACUGACAGGACCAUAAAAUUCUGCACGGCAGUCAAGUACGAGAUACGGAUCACCGUCAAGCCACCCGUGGCUCCCCUGCGGAGUCUGAUAAUAGGUGGGGAUGAACUCACUCCAGACUCUGAGGAAGAGCAGCCGGCCCAGUCCUCCUACCUCUUCACCUGGUUCACCAAUGGCCACAGUCCCACCGGCUCUCGGCGGAGGCUCGAUGUCCCGUUCAUCUUUCGCUUCGAUGGAGUCGAGUUUGCCACCUCCUUUCAGACCAAGUUCUAUCCAGUGACGAGUGCCAGUCACCUGACCUGGGGUACAGAGGUCAAACAGAUCCAGCUGGAAGGUCGCGGGGAAUUUGGGGGCGGAGCCACGCAGAGACUCACACCCACCAAUGUCACCUUUGUCUAGCACAUCUUUUACAGCUCCACCCACCCACCAACUACAGCAUCUGUAUAGUCUAUUUCUCCACCUUCUCUCCAGAGAAUCAAGAGUGACUUUAUUACUGACCUAUUAUGUCAUACUGCUUCUAUUUUUAGAAUCUGCUUAGUCGAUAUUUAUUUGUCCAGAUCAUAGCAAAAUUUCUUAAUAAGUCUUCGAAAAUGUCGUACAUUGGUGUUAAUUACAUUGUAAUGGUGUACAGAAAAACACAUGUUUCUAUUAGUGACACGAACAAUUACCAUUCAGUGGUUUAUGAAUGCAGACGAGAAAACACUGGACAUACAUAUAAUGCAGGGGAAUAGAGCAGUACUAUUUGUAUAGUUGCAGUUAUAGAGUCACCCACUGACUGUUGCUGGAGGUGGCAGUGGUCUCCCGGUCACGGAUCGUGCCUCUUGUGAGUGUUGUGCAGUAUUAUCAGAGCCUGCGUAUGUGUGUAAC